GCAUUUAAAUGUAAUCUACUUCAGAAAUAAUAAAUAGUUUACAAACAAUUUCAAUUCAUAUUUAUUAAAAAUGCAAUAAAUAUUUUUUAUUAACAUUAAUACUUUUAUUCAAAAAUCAAAGAUUCAAAAAAUCAAAUGGUGGUGAAUAUUGAUUUUAAAUAAUUACAAAAAACAAUGAAAAAUUUAACGAAAUCCAAAAUGAUUGUGCAUAAUGAUAAUUAUGAUAAUACUAAAUGCGUAUAUAAAAAAAAAUAAAUAUGGAAAACUUUUUCUAUUUUUCACAUCUUUAUUAUUUAUCAUAUUUUUUUUAAUAUAAUGCGAAUAUAUUCAAUAAAUCAUAUCAAAGUAUAUAUGAAAUCAUAUUUAUUAUGGAAUUUAUGAUGAUAUAAUAUAUUAAAUAUAUUAUUCUCAAGUAUAAUAAAUAUAAUAUAUAUAUAAAAUAAAUUAUAAUAAAUAUAAUAUAAUAUUAAUAUAUUCUAAUAGUUCUCUCUAUUUCUUAUACAUAUUUUUGUUAUGCUUUCAUAUUCGUGAGAUAUCUUUUGGAAGAUUAAUUCUUAAAAUCAAAACAUAGAAAUUGUUAUAUAAAAAUAUCGAUUAUUUAUUAAUUUAAUUAUUAAAUUAUAAUUUAUUUAUAAGCAAGUAUUAUUAUUUUAAGUUAGAUAAAAGAUUAACAGAAUUUGACAACAUGUUGCAACAAUAUGAUGAAGAUAAAUUUAUUUUAUUCUUAUGAUUUAUUAUUUUAUUCUUAUGAUUCUAAUUUCUAACACAAACUUAUAACUUAAUAAUAAUAAUAAUUUUUAAAAAUAAUAAUUUUUUAAUUAUAUAUAUAAACUUAUUUUAUAUUAAUGGAAAUUCUGUAAUAAAGAUUUUUUUUAACCAAUAGGAAUAAAAUGUUCUAGUAAUUUUUUAAUAAAACAUCAUUUUACAUAAUAUUAAUAAUUAUAAUUUAUCGUUUCAUUAUAUUUAAUUAAAUUGUAAUAUUUUUUAUUAUUCAUUAUUAUUAUAAAUUACUAUUAUAAAUUAGUGCUUUUUAGUGAUUUUCAAUGAAUCUUAAAUUUUAUUUCCAUGAAUAUAAAGAGAUGAUGAGAACAGACAUUUUAUUGUACAUAUAAAAAUAUACUUAUCAUUAAAUGAUUUUGCAAACUAUUUUAAAGUUACAUUUAUCAACAAAAUGUUAAAAUAAAAAAAAAAUAUUAAUUAAUGUAGUUUAUGAAUUGUACAUAUAUCUAAAAAUUACAUAUAUUAAUAAAUAUAUAAUAAUUAUAAUUAUAAUAACUUAAUUAUAAUAACUUAUGAAUUACACCAUACAUUAAAAUAUUUUGAUAUUAUAUCAUUAUUUAAAAUAUAUAAAAACUGUAAAAAAUAAUAAUAAUAUAUUUUAUAAAUUAAAAGUUAUCUAAAAGAGUAAAAAUAUGAGUACGCAAAAAGGAAAUUCCAAUCGAUCAAGACCACAAAAAUAUCAAAAUCAAAUUGCUUUUAAAAAUGAUUUACAUGACAAAUCAAAUAAAACAAAAUGUAUUAAUAGUAUUCAAGUUACACAUGUUUGUGAAAGAUGUAAAAAAAUAAUUGAGUGGAAAAUUAAAUAUAAAAAAUAUAAACCAUUAAAAACAGCUGCAAAGUGUAUCAAAUGUGAACAGAAAACAAUAAAACAUGCUUAUCAUAAUAUAUGUUUAACUUGUGCUGCACAAUAUAAUGUAUGUCCAAAAUGUGGUAAUGAAGAUAAUAUUGUUAAAGAAGAAUUUAAUAAAACAGAAAUUAUGAAAUUAGAUACACAAUUGCAAAACCUAUUUAAAAAACUAUCUGAACGAAAACGAAGAACAUUCAUGCGUUAUAUAAAUUCUAUAAAUAAAAAAGACAAAUGUAACAAUACAAAAAAAAAUGAAGAAGAAGAUAUGAAUGAAGAAAAAGAGAAAAAAAAUACAAAUAAUUGUAUAUCUAAAGAAGAUUUAUUAUUAAAAUUGAAAUCUUUAACAAUUAAAGAAGUAGAUAAUGAUAACUUUGACAUUAAUAAUAAAUUUGAUUCAGAUUCAGAAUGAUUUAUGUAAAAAAUAAUUUAUAUAAAUCAUAUUAACAUAUUUUAUUUUUAAUAAAUUAUUGCAAUUGCAUUGAUAAUUUUUUAAUAUAAUUGUAUAUUUAUUAAAUUACUUAAUUUUACUUUUAUAUAAUUUUAAAAUUCCAAAAAAUAAAAAUACAUUUUAUAAUUAAUAAAUAUUAGAUAAUGUAAAUUUUAUAUAUUUUAUAUAAUAAAAAUAAAAUAAAUGAAUAA